UUUUUUUACACGGUUUUAAGUCAACGUGGCAGUGACGUCAAGACCGGAAAUGCUCCCGAUCGGCACUUUGAUUGCCUUCUUGUUUUUCUUCCCAUAUUUUUACCAGAAGCAUUGAGAGGAAAAUGGUGUAGCUUUGUUCACAAUCCCACCCACAACAACAACGACGAGGUUUCUGCUUCCUUGGGAGCUGUUAAGCCGCCGAACUACCGGCGUUUUACCGGCGACAGGAUGACGUGUCGCGACCGGACCAGCGAGUUCCAGUCGGCCUGCAGAUCUCUCCAAGGCAGACAGAAUGGAGUGCAGCCCAAUAAACCUGCUCUCAGCGCUCUCAGGCAGCGCAGCGACUUCACAGUCAUGGCCAAGAGGAUUGGAAAAGACCUGAGCAAUACAUUUUCCAAGCUGGAAAAGCUCACAAUUUUGGCAAAAAGAAAAUCCCUAUUUGACGACAAAGCGGUGGAGAUUGAGGAGCUGACGUACAUCAUUAAACAGGACAUUAACAGCCUAAACAAACAGAUCGCACAGCUGCAAGACUUGAUCAGGUCACGCGGAGCUCCAGGGGGAAGACACAUCCAAACCCACUCAAACACCAUUGUGGUGUCCUUACAGUCCAAACUCGCCUCAAUGUCCAACGACUUCAAAUCAGUCCUGGAAGUCAGAACAGAGAACCUGAAGCAGCAGCGCAGCAGGAGAGAGCAGUUCUCCCAACCUCCUGCCGCGUCCUCUCCGCUCAUGGCUAAUAACUUCAGGAGCCGCAAAAAAGGGGCCCAGGAGCCGCAUGCAGCUCGCGAGCCGCGCAAUGACUACCAGGGCUUUACAUCCUCAAAUGUAAAAGAGAGUUCGGUCCUGAUGCAGGACGAGUCCCGGAGUCUGGGGGACGUGGCCAUUGACAUGGACUCUCAAGCCAACCCACUCCAGCUGCAGCUCAUCGAUGAGCAGGACUCGUACAUCCAGAGCCGCGCGGACACCAUGCAGAACAUCGAGAGCACCAUCGUGGAACUUGGCUCCAUAUUCCAGCAGCUGGCACACAUGGUCAAAGAGCAGGAGGAGACCAUCCAGAGGAUCGACUCCAACGUGGAGGACACGCAGCUGAACGUGGAGGCGGCCCACUCGGAGAUCCUCAAGUACUUCCAGUCGGUGUCGUCCAACCGCUGGCUCAUGAUCAAGAUCUUUCUCGUCCUCAUCGUCUUCUUCAUCAUUUUUGUCGUCUUCUUCGCGUGAGGAGGAACACGGCAACAAACUGUGAAUUUUUUUUUUUUUUUUUUUGAAGUACAGACGUUUCGUUUCAAACGGAAGCUUGGGAAUCCCACGGAAGGAAUACAAGACUUAAUUGGACGAAGGAGUGGAGAACUUUUUCCCCACGUGGGAGGGGGGAAAAAAAGUUAUCUUCUUCAUCCAUCGUAUCGAGAGUGAAUUGAAAGCUGUUCAGAAUUCUAUUUUGACCGAUGAUUCAUAAAUGUUUAUAGCUACUCUCUAACGGUUUGAUUCUGCAAACUCUUAAUUCCGAUUUUUGUCCAUAUGUGAAAUGUUCAGCCAAACGUCAAGCUUCACGUCAGACUUGCUUGCUUCAAAGAUUUUUUUUUUUCAUCGCGUUAUUUUUUUUUGUGCGCCAAAUGUAAGCAAGAAUAUCUGGGGUGCGCACGCACGGACGCGCUGACCCCACGUGAACUUUGCCGACCGAAGCCCAAGCCGGUGCAAAGUCCUCAAGACGGAUUAUACGACAGAAAGAGCAUUUAAUAUGAAACCAUAAUGGAUCUCGUGAACGUUUCCCUGUUGGACGUCGGCGCUUAUGAAGGGGUUUUGUCCCCAGAAGUCUCUUCGGAUGUCCUUUUUGCACACGUUACCCUCUCGGAUUCGUCACCAUGUACAGAAUGUUAUUUAAGUGACCAAUUGUUAAGAAGAAACAGUCCAUUCUUGUUUUUUGUUUUCCUUUCUUCUUUUUUUUUGCUGACUGCCUUGCAUUUCGUGUACAAAGAGCAAAUAGCGACCGUUUAUUGAUCAGAAAUGGCGUUUUAAUAAUGAAUAACGGGUUGCCGGCAUUUGUGGGAUUUUCUUUUUGGGACAAGAGGAUUAGCCGGCAGCAAAAUAAUUACACCACACAAGCCCUGUCUAAUUAUCACUUAUGACAAAGUGUGUUAUUUUAUUAGUAAUAAAUCAUGUCUAUCAGGACUCAUUUUA